CUAACGGCAGUACCGAGAGAAACAUUCGUAAUAACUACCCCUACAUGCAUCAGUACAUGACCAAAUUCAAUCAGAAGGGAGUGGAAGAUGCCUUGUCAGCUUGAAAACUGGGAAACUGGACGCUUUCAUCUAUGAUGCUGCGGUCUUGAAUUACAAGGCUGGGAGGGAUGAAGGCUGCAAGCUGGUGACCAUCGGGAGCGGGUACAUCUUCGCCACCACUGGCUACGGAAUUGCUCUCCAGAAGGGCUCCCCUUGGAAGAGGCAGAUUGACCUGGCCCUGCUCCAGUUUGUGGGUGAUGGCGAGAUGGAGGAGCUGGAGACGCUGUGGCUCACGGGGAUCUGCCACAACGAGAAGAACGAGGUGAUGAGCAGUCAGCUGGACAUCGACAACAUGGCAGGCGUGUUCUACAUGCUGGCGGCUGCCAUGGCCCUCAGCCUCAUCACCUUCAUCUGGGAACACCUCUUCUACUGGAAGCUGCGCUUCUGUUUCACGGGCGUGUGCUCCGACCGGCCGGGGCUGCUGUUCUCCAUCAGCAGGGGCAUUUACAGCUGCAUUCAUGGAGUGCACAUCGAAGAGAAGAAGAAGUCUCCAGACUUCAACCUGACCGGAUCCCAGAGCAACAUGUUAAAACUCCUUCGGUCAGCCAAAAACAUCUCCGACAUGUCCAACAUGAAUUCCUCAAGAAUGGAUUCCCCCAAAAGGGCUGGAGACUUCAUCCAAAGAGGUUCCCUCAUCAUGGACAUGGUUUCAGAUAAGGGAAAUUUGGUCUAUUCAGACAACAGGUCCUUUCAGGGGAAAGACACCAUUUUUGGGGACAACAUGAACGAACUGCAAACCUUCGUGGCCAACAGGCACAAGGACAGCCUCAAUAACUAUGUGUUCCAGGGACAGCACCCUCUCACGCUCAAUGAGUCCAACCCCAACACGGUGGAGGUGGCCGUGAGCACAGACUCCAAAGCCAACUCCAGGCCCCGGCAGCUUUGGAAGAAAUCCAUGGAAUCACUGCGCCAAGACUCCCUGAGCCAGAACCCUGUCUCCCAGAGGGACGAGGGAGCAGUGGAGAACAGGACCCACUCCCUAAAGAGUCCUAGAUACCUUCCAGAAGAGGUGGCCCAUUCGGACAUCUCGGAAACUUCGAGUCGGGCCACGUGCCACAGAGAGCCAGACAACAACAAGAACCACAAGACCAAGGACAACUUCAAAAGGUCAGCAGCCUCCAAAUACCCCAAGGACUGCAGUGAGGUCGAGCGCUCCUACCUGAAAACCAAAGCGAGCUCCCCCAGGGACAAGAUCUACACCAUCGAUGGUGAGAAGGAGCCCAGUUUCCACUUAGACCCUCCCCAGUUCGUUGAGAACAUGGCCCUUCCCGAGAACGUGGAGUUUACAGACGCCUACCCAGACCACGACGAGAACUUCCGCAAGGGGGACCCCGCGCUGCCAGCCACCAGGAACCCCCUGCACAAUGAAGACGGACCCCCCAACAAUGACAAGUAUAAGUUCUACUCCAAGCACUUCACCCUGAAAGACAAGAGUCCCCCUCACAGCGAGGGCAGCGAGCGGUACCGACAGAACUCUACCCACUGCAGGAGCUGCCUUUCCAACCUGCCCACCUACUCAGGCCACUUCACCGUGAGGUCCCCAUUCAAGUGCGACGCCUGCCUGCGGAUGGGGAACCUGUACGACAUCGACGAAGACCAGAUGCUCCAGGAGACAGGGAGCCCGGCCGCCCAGGAGGAGGUCUACCAGCAGGACUGGGCGCAGAACAGCACCCUCCAGUUCCAGAAGAACAAACUCAGGAUCAGCCGUCAGCACUCCUACGACAACAUUCUCGACAAACCUCGGGAGACAGACCUUAGCAGGCCCUCCAGGAGCAUAAGCCUCAAGGACCGGGAACGGCUUCUGGAGGGAAACCUGUAUGGGAGUCUCUGUAGCGUGCCCUCAAGCAAACUCUUGGGGAACAAAAGCUCCCUCUUACCCCAGGGUCUGCAGGACAGCAAACGGAGCAAGUCUCUCUUGCCGGACCACACCUCCGAGAACCCUUUCCUCCGCUGCCAUGGGGACGAGCGACGCUUAGUCAUUGGGAGAUGCCCCUCGGACCCUUACAAACACUCGCUGCCAUCCCAGGCCGUGAAUGACAGCUACCUUCGAUCGUCCUUGAGGUCCACAGCGUCGUACUGUUCCAGGGACAGUAGAGGCCACGACGACGUGUAUAUCUCAGAGCAUGUUAGGCCUUAUGCUGCAAAUAAGAACAAUAUGUACUCCACCCCCAGGGUUUUGAAUUCCUGCAGCAGUAGACGUGUGUACAAGAAAAUGCCUAGUAUCGAAUCUGAUGUUUAGAACCUUCCAUUAAUGUUUUAUCUAUAGGGAAACAUACGUAACGGCCAACGUUCUGGAGGGUAAAUGUCGGAUGUCCGAUGGUGCCUGCAAAGAGAAGGGGAUUUAGGAAGGUAUUUUUUUUGUUGGUUCUUUUGCACCUGGCUCCACGCCAUACAUAGUCUUCCCCUCAAGGAAUCUUGUGAGGCGUGUGCUGAGCAUAGCAGAUACCGGAUAGUUGAGUCCUUAACCAAAAAAAAAAAAAAAAAAAAAAA